GCACGUGUGCGUACACGGAGGAAAUCCAAUAAAUAAUUGUUUACGUACAACAAAAGUUGUGCGUAUAUAAUUGGUCAAUGAUAGUAACCAUUAACCCCUAAUAUUAAAAAAAAAAGAAACUUAAAUGGAACUAGCAAUAGCAAGAAAGCAAAUCAAGAAGCCGAGGUAACAAAGAUCAUCGUAUUCGUUCAUCAUCAGCAUAAGGCGGCGGGCUAUGAAACGGAAACGCGAACAGUGCGCCGCAUGCAAAUAUCAACACCGCCGGUGCACCAGCGACUGUAUCCUGCCGCCAUAUUUUCCGGAGGAUGAGCCCGAAACCUUCAAAAUGGCUCGCAAUCUUUUCGGAGUGUCCAAUAUCAAGAAGAUGAUAAGGGACGUCGCUCCUCACCUACGCGAAGACGCCGUCAGAUCCAUCAAGUACGAGGCCCUUUUCCGCUCCAUGUUCCCCGUCCAUGGCUGCUGCCUCGUCAUCAAUGAACUCAGUUACCAGAUUAUCGAGGCCACCAAGCAGCUUAGCCUAAUCCAGGCCCAAGUCGAAGCUCGAUUCCAGGGCGAACCCUCCGACGACGGACGACCUUUUCCCUGAUUACCUUAAUGGAAGAUCCGAAGACCGGACUUGAAAAGAAUACACACACACACGUGUGCGUGUGUCGAUCGGUACGAGUUAUUAGGUUCUCGAGUUUUAUCGAGUUCUUGAACCAUUUCUUGAUUUUCUCCAUCGGUCUUUACUUUAGGAAUGUGUAGCUUCUUAUCGGUGUCUCUGUCUGUUCGAUCCGUGAUCACCCCGACUUAUGAAUCCUACGUAAUCUCAUAGAGAGUAGUAAGAGUGCCCAAGUUCGGGUGGCAAAACGGUAAGGUCGAGUUCAAACCCCCCCCAGGUCGUCCCUUACCUAAAAAAUAAAGGUGAGACUCGUAAUUUUUAUUUUUUAGAUAAUGCGAAAGGUCACCGUAACCCAAUUACAGUUCCCAAAGUAUCGGAAAACACAUAUGAAUACCUCUCCACGACUGGAGACUCGAACUUUAGUUGUUCCAUCCCUUAAACAAAGAGUUUUGUACAAAAAUAUGCUACAUGCCAAAUCGGGAGUCCUGAAUAGUUAUUAUUAGGUUUAAGUAAACAUAUAGCGACGAUCUUAAGUCAUGAGUGUUGCUUGCAUUUACUUA